UAGAGAGGGUCGGGGAUGGGACGGGUUUGCUGAGACGAAGGGUCCCGGGUCGCGGCUCCGGUGGGUUCUCUGUCCCCGGCACCUCCCGCGCCGCCUGUUUGUUGACGCGCUGGUGCGAGUUUUCACAGCAGUUCCUGUGGAUAAAGCAGCCUCCCCGCCCCACCCGCACUCCGUCUCUCGCCGCCCGCCUGCCGUGUGUGACCGGGACUCGCUCUCUGCCCGCCCGGCUCUCGUCGAUGGCUUCACGCUCGCACUCUCCCUCGCUUACUGUGGUCUGCUUUCUCCUCGCCUGCGGCGCCAGGGUCCGAGCGCACGGGAGAAUGUUUGUGCUCCAUGCAAGGGAUGAGAACAUGCAGUGGGACAUGUCUACAGCCGAGGGCUUGUGCAUGGAGCAGGGAGCACAUCUGGCCACGGCCGAAGAGCUGCAGAGAUCUGUGGAGGAGUGUGCGUUCAUGGAAUGUACCACUGGCUGGAUCGCAGGCAACCAGAUCGGGACGAUUACAUGCAGUAACAUGGGCUUUGUUCAACAAGAAACCCAAAGUAUCCAUGUGAAAACUGAACCAGCUUCUUCAGGCGGUCAGUAUGAUGCCUUCUGCAUUAAAGACAAAGGUAAACCUUGUGGAGACCCUCCUUCCUUUCCCAACAUUGUACUGCAGGACUACACUGGAACUGAAAUGGGCGAUGAGCUGCUGUACGUCUGUGCACAGGGCUAUAUCAUGGCCAGAGGAGAGAAUGCCUUCAGCUUGUUGUGUAAUAGCUGUGGAGAGUGGUAUGGGUUUGUGCAAGCUUGUGUAAAAGAUGAAGCUGAAGGCCACAUUGACUAUGAAGACAAGUUCUCCAAUGCAGACACACUGCCAUUUUCAGACCCUGCUGGAGAGCACGACCGAGCCCUCCCUGCUGAAGAUGAUGUGGAAGAUCCUGAGGGUGGAUUAGAUGAGGCAGCUGAUGGGUCAUUAAGAGAAAGCAGCAGAGAAAUCAUGCAACCAACUGAGUCACCAGUCUCUUUCCUCAGCCAGAAGCAACUGCCUUGGUUCCCCUCAGAAUUCCCAAAUGUUGAGCAGCCCACUAUCAGGAAAGCAGAUGUGCAGUCAAAAAUUUUAAUCCCUGCAAAUGAUAAUCAAAUUGCAGCAAAGGCUGAAGAUGAUGAGGGAGACCGAACGGGAGAAGAUGAAGGCUUGCCCAUUGGCCCAUCCAUUGUGCAGAAUGAGACUAAAAUUAGCAAGGAAACAGUGGUUGGGACGAACAGAUCACUUCACCAGGUGGACAGUUACCCCACUAUAUCAGAAACAGAAGAAAGUCAGGUUACUGGAUCCAUGGAAACACAGGAGGAAGCUCUUGCCACUACAUACCAUUCUAACCAUAUGGAAAUUAGGACAGGUGCUUCAAGCAACACCUUGGCCAACCAUCACACUCGGCUCAUGACUGCACCAACGGGGCACUUGCACCUAGAUGUUCAGACACCAGUGCCUGAAAUAAUCAGUGUCAGUAGAGACAGUGAGAUCCCCACAACCACAUUGUGGGGUCAAGUCACUGAAGAAUUGUGGAAAUUCUCUGACCCUGCUACUGACCCCUCUCUGCUUCUCACAAAUGCUAGAGAAACAGUAAGUGAGGAUUUGCACCCUGUAGACAGAUCUGCAGUAUCGACACCAGUAGCUGGGGUUUCAACACUUUACAGUCCAGCCACACCUGAAGUAAGUGCUCAGACCUUGACAGAUCUUUCAGCCUUUGACACGAUUGAUCACUUCACCAGAAGCGGGAAUUUCAGUGAUAGGGCUGAGGCCAAGCUGCAGCCAACAGUCGAGAGCUGCAGGGGGGAGAACUGCUCCAGCUCCCAGCAGGGCCCCAUGAUCGCCACCAUCGUCGCGGUGAUCGGUCUGCUCACCCUGGCUGUUAUCUUGGCUACAUGGUGCUACAGGCACAGGCACCAGAAAACAUCUGUGUAUGAGCUGAACGGGAAGGGACAGGUCAGGCGUAGGCAACACAUUGAAAUGCAGCAGAGAGUGUAAGUGGAAGUGUGUUUUUGAAGGGGGAUCCACACUCACAGGAACAUUCACAACCGGCAUCUCACUGCACACAUUGAAUAUUCAAAGCACUAUUAGAAAUAAAUAAAUAUUACACAGAGGUAUGCUCUCAAUAUGUGGAAUAUUUAAAAAGAUCAAUGAAUGGGUCACUUGAACUUGCUCCACAGGUGGAGAGGAAGAUUUCUGAGUCUGUCUGUAGGGACAGCCUCACUGAUUUGGUAAAGGGAUUGGUAGAAACAAGCUGAGA